AAGCCUAACCCAACAUAACUUUUUUUAGGAACCUAACCCAAAUUAUGUGAAAGAGAAAACCUGACGUUUUUCGCAUAGAAAUUCCAAAAUUCUGUUUUUUAAGGGCCGCAGAAUAGUCCGGAGUGAAUGCCGUUAAGAUCUAAAAUACAUGGCAAGUUCUCCCUAUUUAAAAACUGUCUGAAAACCGCGAUGAAGAAAGCAAGUGAAAGUGCUAGUUGCAAACAUAUUGCUACUGAUUCGGGCGCAAGUUUCGCCAAACCUUUGCAAAAGAAUGGAGCAUUUACCACCCUACCAACUCCAACCAAAAGCGCAAGCGACCCCAAAGAAUACAAAGUGAUUCAGCUGCAAAAUGGAUUGAUAGCCUGUUUGAUAGCUGAUAAGAGAUCUAACUUCGUCGAGAUGGAAACAACUGAGGAUUCAGAUGAAGAGAUGUUAGACGCUGAUCAAUCAGACUUAGAAUCUGAAGAAGGCUCUGAAGCAGAUUCCGAAGAUGAUGGAAGCGAAUCUAAUGAAGAGAGCGACAGUGCAUGCGAGAAAAACAACAAACGCAAAGUAAAACUGGCAGCAGCUGGAUUGUCCGUUGGUGUAGGCAGUUUUAGCGAUCCCAAAGACGUUCCAGGAAUGGCACAUUUUCUAGAACACAUGGUAUUUAUGGGCAGUGAAAAGUACCCACAAGAGAAUUUUUUCGAUAAGUUCAUACAGCAGAGCGGCGGCAGUAAUAAUGCUACAACGGAUGCCGAACACACCGUUUUUUAUUUUGAAUGCCUUGAAAAGCACUUCGAAGAGGCGCUGGACAGGUUUUCUCAAUUUUUUAAGGCGCCCUUAAUGAAACGUGAUGCGAUGGCGAGAGAAACCGAAGCAAUCGACUCGGAAUUUCAAUUGGCAGUACCUUCAGAUAGCUGGAGAAUGCAACAGUUGCUGUUCUCGCUUGCGCAAAAAGAUUCUCCAGUUAAUAGUUUUUCAUGGGGAAACUUCAUUACAUUGAAACAAAACGUUGAUCAGAAUUAUCUAUACGAACAAGCACAUGCGUUCAGACAUCGGCAUUAUUCAGCCCAUAGAAUGACAUUAACAGUGCAAGCUUGCCUACCGAUGGAACAACUACAACAAUAUGUCUUGGACCAUUUUUCCGAAAUACCCAAUAAUGACUUGCCCCCCAUUCAGUUUACAGAAUUUCGAAGCGUAUUCAAUACUCCCGAAUUCAACAAACUGUAUUACGUGAUUCCCAUGAAAGAUUUUUGCCAGGUUGAAAUCACUUGGGCCUUCCCAUCUUUGUUAAAGAAAUACAGAAGUGGACCUCAAAACAUUAUCUCAAACUUGAUCGGCGACGAAGGAAAAGGCAGCCUACUCUCUCAUUUAAAAAAGUUCCAUUGGGCUGUAUCAACGUGCGCUGGGACUGAAGACACAGAGUCCGAGCACAAUUCAAUCUAUACUUUAUUCAAAUUGGAGGUAAGCCUGACGGAGGAAGGCUAUUCCCACAUCAAUGAAGUAAUCGCAAUCAUAUUCUCUUAUCUCAGAUUACUUAGAGAGCACGGAAUAGAGCGACGCAUAUUUGAAGAAAUGCAGAAAAUUGCAAGUAUAAGCUUCAAAUAUGCCGACGAGGAAAGUGCAAUAGACUGUGUAUCGGAGAUGUGUUCUAAUAUGCAGGUAUUUCCACCUGAAGAUUACAUUACUGGCUCAGUAUUAUUGGUUGAAUAUGAUCCUGAACUUAUCCAAAUGCUUCUGGAGGAAAUGGUGCCAGAAAAAGCCAACAUUAUGCUGUUGAAAAAACAGUCCCAAAACACCAUCGACAACGAUUACCAAACAGAGAAAUGGUUUGGGACUAAAUACUGUGUUCAAGACAUCCCAGAGGAGUGGAUGCACCAAUGGAAAAAUUGCCCUCUCCUACCGGAGCUAUCACUUCCCGCGCCAAACACUUUCAUUACAAGCGACUUCGCUCUUUUGCCGGACAUCAGUAACAAUUCAGAAUAUCCUCGGAAAGUUAUGGACAGUCCGUUAGUCGAGCUGUGGUACAGAAGGGACAUGCAUUUCAAACUACCCGUCGCCCAUUAUUACUUUCAGUUAAUCAGCUCGCUCUCAUUGUACGACUGUAAAAGUAUCUGCAUGUUGGACGCAUUUAUUGCAUUACUAACAAUUGAAUUAUCGGAAGAAUUGUAUCCUGCAGUCGCAGCCAAUCUAUCGUAUGCAUUGGAAUCGUAUGAAGGCGAUCUACUGAUCAAAGUGUGGGGCUUUAAUCAAAAGUUGCCGCAUUUACUCGGCAUCAUCGUAAAAUACAUAAACGAUCUAAGCGACAGGGUCAAUCAAAGUCUAUUUGAUGCAAUCAAGGAUAAAAGACUGAAAUGUUACUAUAAUAUGUCGCUGAAACCAAGUGUGCUGGCCAAGGAGUUGAGAUUGAAUUUGUUAGUUGACAAACAAUGGGACUCGAUUGAACGCUAUAAUGCCAUGCUAGGCGUCUCAUACGACGAUAUAAUAACGUUUGCUAAAAACUACUUCAAGUCCGUGUAUGUGAAAGUUCUAGUUCAAGGAAACGUAAGUGAAACUAGUGCUAUAUCUACAGUAAAGGAAUUCAUCAAUGAACUUGGCUACUCUGAGCUACCAAAGGAACUGUUGCCCAAAUAUCACGUGGUAAGACUGGAAAAAGGGGAAAAAUGUUGCAGGGCCAAAAACAUCUGUAAAAGCGAUACCAACUCUGUCGUAACCAACUACUACCAGUCAGACCAUUUUACUAUACAAAACAGCGCCAUGUUAGACAUAAUUAUGAUGCUAAUAGAAGAGCCCCUAUUUGACACACUGAGAACCAAAGAACAGUUAGGAUAUCAAGUGUAUUGCUCCUGCAGAGACACUUUUGGUGUUUUAGGCUUUUCCAUCACGGUUUUCUCCCAGGUCACAAAGGCAACCACCAAAUUUAUCGAUGCCAGAAUUGAGGCAUUCAUGAACCACAUACAUAAAUUAAUGAUGUUUUUCAAUGACGAGAGUUUCCAACUGGUCAAGGACAACCUAAUCAAAAAGAAGCAAUGCAACGACAAUUACCUAAAGGAAGAAGUCGAUAGAAACUGGGACGAAAUCCUGAACAACGAAUACGUAUUCGAUAGAAUUAAACAGGAAAUUAAGGCCAUUGAGCAGGUAACCUGCUAUGAAAUGCGCUCUUGGUGGGAUGCUCAUCACUCCUAUGGUAAUCGAGAAAAAUUCAGAAAAAUCAGCAUCCAAGUUGAGGGUCAUGCCCACAGUUCUUGCCAGAUAAAUGAGUUAAAAAUCGACUUGUACUGCAAUGAGGACGAAGCACUUAGUAAGGAUAUUGAGAACUAUUUUAUAACAAAUAUAAAGGAAUAUAAAGAUUCGCUUGAGGUGUAUCAUGUAAAAAGUAAGUAAAUGUUUUUGAUAUCCUACAUAAUUGUUAAAUUCUAUUAGUUACUUAACAAAAUAUAUGUGCUAAGAAAAU